AUGCAUCCAGCUCCUUGGCCCUUACAGACACUGCUGUAUGUUGUUGCUCUUACGAUUCUGUGUCCUUCUGUGAAUUCAGACUUGGCACCUUAUUUUGUUUCUGAGCCACUGUCUGCCGUCCAGAAACUUGGUGGACCCAUAGUCCUACGUUGUUCUGCUAAACCUGUGACCGCUCAUAUCUCGUGGUUGCAUAAUGGAAAACGAUUGGAUAGAAACAUGGAACAGAUUGAGAUUCAUCAGGGGACUUUGACUAUCCUGUCUCUUAACCCCUCCCUUUCGGGUUCCUACCAGUGCAUCGCCAACAACAGCAUCGGCGCCAUUGUCAGCAGCCCUGCGACAGUUGCCACUGCUGUUCUCGGUGAUUUUGGUUCAGCAACAAAGCAUGUUAUUACAGCAGAAGAAAAAAGUACUGGUUUCAUUGGCUGCAAGGUACCAGAUAGUAACCCCAAGGCUGAGGUGCGCUAUAAAAUCCGGGGAAAGUGGCUGAAACAUUCCACAGAGAAUUACUUAAUCCUUCCAUCAGGGAAUCUUCAGAUUUUGAAUGUAUCUUUAGAGGACAAGGGAUCAUAUAAAUGUGCAGCUUUUAAUCCUGUCACACAUGAAUUAAAAGUUGAACCCAUUGGCCGAAAGCUUCUUGUGAGUCGCCCUUCUUCAGAGGAUUUUCGUAUUCUUCACCCCACCCUGUCACAGGCAUUAGCUGUCCUUUCUCAUAGCCCUGUCACCCUGGAGUGUGUGGUGAGUGGGGUCCCAGCUUCUCAAGUGCACUGGGUGAAGGAUGGUCAGGACGCUCUGCAGGGAAGCAGCUGGAGAAGGUUGUAUUCUCAUCUUGCCACAGAUGGCAUUGACCCAACGGACUCGGGAAACUAUUCUUGUAUAGUGGGAAACAAGUCUGGAGACAUACAACGUGUGACUUACAUGGUUAAUGUACUUGAAAAUGCUUCAAUUUCUAAAGGACUGCAGGAUCAGACCGUCUCUCUGGGCGCCACAGUGCAAUUCACUUGUGAGGUGCACGGGAACCCAACUCCAAACCGUACCUGGUUCCAUAAUGCGCAGCCUGUUCAUCCUUCCCCACGACAUCUCACUGCAGGAAACGGACUGAAAAUCAGUGAUGUGACCAUGGAAGAUUCGGGACUGUAUCAGUGUGUAGCAGAUAAUGGGAUUGGAUUCAUACAGUCUACUGGGAGACUUGAAAUUGAAAAAGGCGGUGGACUCAAGCCAGUUAUAAUUACAGCACCAGCAAGUGCACAGGUGGUAGAUGGAGACUUUGUUACUUUGUCCUGCAAUGCUACUGGAGUGCCAAUCCCUGUCAUGCGUUGGUACGACAGGCAUGGGUUGAUAACCAGCCAUCCGUCUCAAGUGCUUAGAUCUAAAUCCCGGAAAUUCCACUUACGACCCGGGGGCUUUGACCUGGAGCCUGUCUACCUCAUCGUGUCCCGAGCUGGCUCAAGCUCUCUGUACAUUCAGGCUGUCACUCAGGAACAUGCUGGAAAAUACACCUGCGAAGCUACAAAUGAACAUGGCACCACGCAGUCGGAGGCAAUCCUCACAGUGGUUCCUUUUGAAACAAAUACAAAAGCGGAAAUGGUCACAGCUUCCAGUCCCACUCAGAAUGAUAAAAGAGAUGGUUCAGAAGCUGGAUUAUUGAGCUCCUUUCCAGUGAAGGAACACUCUAGUGCAGUGGACUCAGCACCAGAGAAAAAUGCUAGUGCUGCCUCGGUCCCUGAUGCCCCCAUCAUUCUGAGCCCUCCGCAGACCUACACAGCUGAUACAUACCACCUGGUCUGGAGGGCAGGGAAGGAUGGCGGGCUGCCCAUCAAUGCCUAUUUCGUGAAGUAUCGAAAGCUAGAUGAUGGUGUUGGCCUGGUGGGAAGCUGGCACACGGUUCGAGUCCCAGGAAGUGAAAAUGAGCUCCAUUUAACUGAACUGGAGCCCUCUAGUCUCUAUGAAGUUUUGAUGGUCGCAAGAAGUGCAGCAGGUGAAGGGCAGCCUGCCAUGCUCACCUUCCGAACCAGCAAAGAGAAAACAACCUCGUCAAAAAACACGCAGGCUUCCUCUCCCCCCAUGGGCAUCCCUCGGCGCCCUGUUGUUUCAGAGGCUGUGGACAACUUUGGAGUGGUCCUUACAGAUUCCUCUAGGCAUAGUGGAGUUCCAGAGGCACCUGACCGGCCUACCAUCUCCACGGCAUCAGAGACCUCCGUCUAUGUCACUUGGAUUCCUCGGGCCAAUGGGGGUUCUCCAAUCACUGCCUUCAAGGUCGAAUACAAACGGAUGAGGACCAGUGAUUGGCUGGUGGCAGCUGAAGAUAUCCCUCCUUCCAAACUUUCUGUGGAAGUUCGUAGCUUAGAGCCAGGUUCAACAUACAAGUUUAGGGUCAUUGCCAUCAACCAUUAUGGUGAGAGUUUCCGGAGUUCGGCGUCUCGUCCUUAUCAGGUGGCUGGGUUCCCCAAUCGUUUUUCUAACCGUCCCAUCACCGGGCCGCACAUCGCCUACACCGAAGCUGUCAGUGAUACUCAGAUCAUGCUGAAGUGGACGUACAUUCCAUCAAGUAACAAUAAUACUCCCAUUCAAGGAUUUUAUAUCUACUACCGGCCGACAGAUAGUGAUAAUGACAGUGAUUACAAGAGGGAUGUGGUAGAAGGUUCAAAGCAGUGGCACAUGAUUGGCCAUCUGCAGCCAGAAACCUCCUACGAUAUUAAAAUGCAGUGCUUCAACGAAGGGGGAGAAAGCGAGUUUAGCAAUGUGAUGAUCUGCGAAACUAAAGUAAAACGCCUUCCUGGAGCUUCUGAGUAUCCCGUCAAAGACUUGAGUACCCCUCCAAAUUCUUCGGGAAGUGGACGAAACGUUGGGCCUGCAACCAGCCCCACCAGAAGCAGCGACAUGUUGUAUCUGAUAGUUGGCUGCGUGCUAGGUGUGAUGGUCCUCAUUCUCAUGGUUUUCAUUGCAAUGUGCCUCUGGAAGAACCGUCAGCAAAACACCAUACAGAAAUAUGACCCUCCAGGAUAUCUCUACCAGGGGUCAGAUAUUAAUGGGCAGAUGGUGGAAUACACUACUCUGCCUGGCACAAAUCGGAUAAAUGGGAAUGUUCAUGGAAGCUUCAUAAGCAAUGGAGGUCUCAGCAAUGCCUGCUCCCAUCUUCACCAUAAAAUCCCUAAUGGAGUCAAUGGAAUCAUGAAUGGGAGCUUAAACGGAGGGCUUUACUCGGGGCAUACAAGCUCACUAACCAGGACACAUGUGGAUUUUGAACAUCCCCGUCACCUAGUAAAUGGUGGUGCCAUGUACACAGCAGUACCUCGGACGGACCCGUCGGAGUGCGUUAGCUGUCGAAACUGUCGGAACAAUAACAGGUGUUUCACCAAAACUAACAGCACUUUCAGUGGCAGCCCGCUUCCUGUGGUCCCAGUGGUAGCACCUUAUCCUCAGGAUGGUUUGGAAAUGAAGCCCCUCAGUCACAUGAAGAUGCCCGCAUGUCUGGCUUCCACAGUCCCCGACUGUGGCCAGUCACCUGAGGAGAGUUUCAAAGAUGACACGGCACGGAGACCUGCUCAGCAUACUUGCUGUCAGGACAGUAAGAAUGAGAUCAACUCUGAGUGCACAGAAGAUACAGCAGAGUUCAACAGAGGAGACAGCUGUGUCCAUUCAGAAACAGAGAACAAAAUUUUAAGUUGGAAUCCUCUUAUUCUGCCCCUUGUGUCCAAGGACUGUACUGAAAAGACCACCUGGUCUCCUCCUGGCAUUCCUUUAGACAGCCCUGCAGGGAUCCUUCAGCAACCCCAAGAAACCUGAGGGUGUGCAAAUGACCAGUCAUGUUCCCACUUCAAGCCAGUAACUGCACAAAACAGGCCUGGGGAUGGACUGUGUGAAGGACAUGAACUCAAGUCAGAGAAAAUCAUUAUUUAUUUUUUGUAGUAGUAAUGUCCUAUGAAUGUAUCUUAAAGUGUGUGCCCUUUUAUAUUAUUUAUGCCUUAAAAUUUCCCUCUUCCUUCCUCCCCCUCAGUAGGAAACAACCUAAUUUUGCGUAGUUUUCAAUCAUCUGAGAGCUGUGGGAUCAUUCCAUGUUUCUGAGAACCUCAGUGGCCAUAAGAGCUCCUCCUGCAAGGAUCCAGCCUAUUGGCCCAUUUGGCUAAGAGGGAACUGAAGUUUUCAGAUGGAAAGCUGUCCUUUGACGUAUUGUGUUAUCAGACUUUGUGAGAACAUUGGAAGUCACGCUCAGUUGUAACCCGUGUUUGUAAUAGCAGGUGUCUUAUGAAUUGUAUGAGUGCCUUCCACAGAAGUGAUAGGUGACUUGUUGACUCUCUGCACACGGGCACAAAUGAUGUUUGGUUUUCUAGGCACUAGUCACAGACGGUGUCAUGAACAUGGUUGAGGUUAAGGUCUGUGGGGUUAUUGCCGUAUGCAGAUAGGGGACCACGGCUGGAGAGAAAAAGAUAGCCCUCAGGUCCCACUGCAUUAAAAUUGGAUUGGUUUAUUAGAUUGUCACUCUAGGGCUCUUUCUGACUGUUUCUAAGAGUAGGACAAAAUGAAUUUAAAGUGGCGACUUGGAAAGAAAGACCCACAUUGUGCUCCCGGUGUCAUGCCACCCGAAAAUUAUUAUUUUUCAAGCUUCCAACAUGGGCAACACUUGGAAGAUGUGAGUGUCAGAAAAAAUUUAAUUUGGAGGGAAAGGGGUAUGGUUUGAAAUUUCCUGACUUUUUUAAGAAUGUCGUCAUUGUAAACACACACCUGAAGCUUUGGUUAGCAGAGCCCAUAAAUCACAGUUACGGCUCCUUCUGAGUGACAAGGACAUUUGCAGCUGCCUUUGGAAGGCUUUUCUUCUCCACAUCUAAAAAAAAAAAAAAAAAAAAACCCACGAGAAAACACUACUCCUAUUUAAUAGCUAUUUUAAUAGCUUAAGUCAAGCUUCAGUAGAUCACUGCUUGUUUUUGGAUUGUGCAUCCCUUUGGGGAAAAAAUUAGAAAAUGAUUCUCUUUAUGUAGAGUCAGGCAGUUUCAGCAUAAAUGAAAAAAGUUCACAGUUUCCUGGAAACUGCAGUGAAAUAGACUAGCAUGCUAUGUUAAUCAACUCUUUAUGUAAAUGCAUCAGUAUCCCCUUAUAUAUGCCUACGUAUCUUAUAAAUAGAGCUGUUAGUGAAAUACGCUGUUUGAGCUGGGUCACUAUGCAAGAAUGACUUUGAGUAGAAUGUAGUGAGUAUAAUUUCAGGGUCAGGUAUUAGGGAUGCUGUAGAAUCAAGUUCUGCAUUCCCAAUGUCCAUACUUAGAGUAUACUGAAUUUAUUCUUCAUGUGGUGUAGAUGCAAUUAGCUUUGGAGGGGGAUAGCUGCAUCCCUUAUUUGUGUGACUAACAAAGGACAGAGUCCUAGUGCACAGAAUAUGAAAACAUACCCUGUGUUUUGCCAACCAAGGCACAGCCAUGCUGUCACAAAGGGGGUUUUAGAAAACUGGGGAGUAGAUAUUUGUGGGCAGUCAUUUUGAUUCAGGAAACAGAGGUAUACUAGCAUGAGCCUUAGGUCAUAAACUGCUUUUAAAGAUUGAGUUUGACUAUGGGAUUUGUCCACUAGGAAGAGAAGAUGACUUUAUCUUUAGGGCAAUCUCAUUGUGGACUGCUUUUAUUUAUAUUAUUAGUAACGCUGUUUUAAGUGUUAUCCCUUUUAUUGUAUUUUAUUUAUAAAAAAUGCCUUUAUAUAUUGAGACAUAUAAAUAUAAAUAUAUGAAUAUAUAUAUAUAAUUGCCUUACCGUUUAGGAGUUAUGCAUUCUCCCUAACCUUGAGUUGUUCGGAACUUGUAUGACCUACACGGUCACCAACAGUCCUGCCUGGUGUCGCUUCCCCAGGAAGUCAGGACACAGCAGCAUCUGCGGUGUGACCGCUGUAUACCAGGCUCCGUGCUCGGUGCUGCUCUCUGCUAUCUCGUUAACCCUCCCAACAAAUCUCCAACACAGUCCCCCCACCACAGAGCCUGCCUUUCAACCCGAUUUACCCGGAGCCGUAAUUUGGGCUCCUUCCAGUUUUCCAGACUGCUUUCCAAAAGCAUGCGGUUCCCUCUUGCGAUGGAACCAGCCCAGUUCCGCACGCUCUCGCCCUCCCCUGCCGCAUGGUUCCUCUGACCGUGACCCCGAAGCCCAGAAGUUACCCUCUGUCCCACGUGGGCAGAGCUCCGUGCUUAUCACUUGGUCUUCCCAGAGUCCCCGUGUCUCCCAGUGAAAGCCCUCACCACCACCACCCCACGCCUGGGAACGGGAUCGUCCCUGGGCUUAGUGAGCACAUCAUUGGUCAGGCCUCUUCGUGUUCCUUCCUGUCUUAGAAUUCUCUGUGGUUCUUUGUUUUAGCGUCAAACUCCGCCCCCGCUCCUGGUGUAUCAUUUCACUGUGUCCUUUUCCACUAGGUACCGAUAGUUGGCUGAUAGGUGCCGUACAGGGUGUAAGUGAACUUGCAAUGUUUAAACACCUUGUGAAGUGGUCUUUUACAAAAGCAUUUCUUUCUGGGCUUUGUGUUUGUGCAGUGAGUCUGUGAAGACCAGUACAUCUGUAUUAGGCUGACCAUGUCACAGAGAGCUCAUUCCAGGUAGAGUACUGCCAGGAACUUGACCUCAUGGCUGGAUUCCACCUGUGUUGCUUUGUUUUUUUUAAAGUAAUGGCUUUGAGAUGCAUGUUUUUGUAUCCUAUUGAAAAGUGUGUUUUAUUUUCCUGAAAGUUGUAAGGUUAUGUUUGGAACUGUACAUAUUUUAAAUGAUGUAGCGUUGACAGGUUUUAUCUGGUUGAUAUGACUUUAUAUUAAAAGAGAAUGCUGCUUUCCUGUAGAGUAGCACGUGAAGAUGGGGACCGUCAGAUACUCCCUGUUUGUAGAAAGCUGCUUAUAGCUUGUGGGCGGGGUAGGUGUAUGUCUUCCUUGGAAAUUCUUUGGAACCGCCAUCCCCGUCCUCCCCUGAAAAUCCCCAUCGCACGAGCCACAUGAGUUAAUCCCUUCUGUUCUGACCGCAGAGAUCCAGGCCCUGAAGGAACAGGAUCUAGGCCAGCAAGUGUUUUAUGCGGAGGCUGGGAGAAUACCUGAGCCCAGGUGCCCACGCAGGCAGACCCCUCCUUGGGGGUGGGGAGACAACUCUAUCUCUUUGGAAGGAAGAGAGGAGGGACGGAGAGCAGCCUGAGGAGCGUGGGGAGGAGUGGGCCCUUCUGGCCUGCUGUCUAUGUUUACCAUUCACUUGGAGCAACAUCUGUGUGAACUCCUGGGCAGACAUUUAGCCUCCUCAAGAAAAGCAGCCCUAAAAAAAAAAAAAAAAAAAAAAUCAAAGUGUCUUGGCUGCUUUGACCAGACAGCCAACAGGGUCUUCGGCAUGGGGUGGGGCCUUGUUAUAUUUCAUUCCCCAUGUUGAACUAAGCCUCCCUUAAACCUUAGCUCCAGUCCUGAGCACCUUGAGAGAACUUGAAAUCCCUUUUCUAAUAAAGUCUGAAUCUGUGAGAACCUAA